AUGUUGAGAAUUAAGCUUUUUCUUUUUCUUCUUGUGAUUGUUGUGCCAAUCAAUGGCUUCGAGCCAAGAAAUCUUGAUGAGACCCCACCUGGGAAUUUGCAGAACAAGUGUGGAAAUUGCCCUUGUGACAAUCCAUGUAACCAAGCACCGCCACCGCCGCCACCCGCAUCACCGCCGCCGCCGCCGCCGUCACCACCACCGCCACCCCCGCUGCCACCUGCUUUACCACCGCCACCACCAUCGCCACCGCCACCAAAGAAGUCACCAAGCGCUGAGUGUCCUCCUCCACCUAGCGGCGACAAUAACCCUCAAACUCCUCCUUCCCCUGAAAUAUACAUAACCGGACCACCGGGAAGUGUAUAUCGUGUUGACAUGAAUUCCGCCGGCGCGGGGAGAUUUCAUUUGCUAAUUUUUAUCAGCAGUUUAUUGGGGCUGCUGGCUUUCUGGUAG